AUGGACAGCUCGCACUCUUAUUCACACUCCAAGUCAGGUUCUUCCUCAACCUCGUCCUCAAACACUUUCCACAAACGCGUCUCUACAGCCUGCCUGGCAUGCAAAAAAUCAAAACGCAAGUGCUCCGGCACCCCGCCUUGCACAAACUGCACUACCUUCCACAGAACCUGCAUCUUCGACGAAUCCCUGGACCAACGCCGCCGUGUCGCCGCAAAGCGCACAGCAGAUGAACUCUCCUACCACCGUGACCUGCUCAACGACCUCUUUCAACUCGUCCGCUCAGCCGACGAACCCAAAUCCCAGGUCCUACUCGACCUCAUUCGACGAAAUGCACCACCUCACGAGCUUCGCUCGUAUAUCGAUACAACGCUCGCAGAUCUCGGAAAACACAAUGACCCGGAAACAGUCGCGAAACUCGAAGACGUGAAAAGUAUUAUUAACGUCCAAGACCCCGCUCCGGCGUUCAGGAGUAAGGUUAUGGAUAUUCAUUACCUUUGUGAUGAGGCUACUAUUAAGGUGCCCGCACAUCCGUGGACGACCGUGACUAGUGAUGCGGGUCUGGUGAGCCAUCUUGUUUCGCUUUAUUUUACGUGGGAUUAUCCCGUCCAUGCGUUUCUCGACGAGGGGGCUUUUCUCAGGCAUAUGGUGGCCGGUGAUCCGAGUUCGAGGUUUUGCAGUCCGUUUUUGGUGAAUGCGUUGUUGAGUAAUGCUUGUUAUUUUUCGGAGUUCUCGGAGGCAUAUGUCGUUCCCGGGGAUAUUUCGUCGAAGGGGUGUGCUUUUCUUGCCGAGGCGGAGAGAUUGAAGGGGGAGUUGCAUGCGCAGCCGACUUUGGCUUCGUUGCAGGGGACGCUUUUCAUGUAUGAACGAUAUGCCAUGUCCCGAAAUGACGAUCUCGGCUAUGCCACGCUUCAUGAGGCAAUUCGCAUGGGCGAAGCACUGGGGCUGAUCGGUAAUAAAGGUCCGCGCAUUGCCCCGGAGCACCUGUCGGAGGAUAUGGACUCUUCGUGCCGGCGGACGGCUUGGGGGUUGUUUCACAUCGAUACGUGGGUUCUACCGUACAUGCCUUUCGAAGGUCGGCCUUCGUUCGUGACUGACUGGAAUAGGAUGGUCCAUACUGGCUUCCUGAGACCCUGUCUCAUCUCCCACGUCAACAUGCCUCUUCCCGAGCGCAACCGGCUGGAAGACCAGUGUGUCUGGAGACCCUAUCCCACGCACCGGGAAACACGCCCGUCGUAUUUGAGUCUGUACUUUGAUGAGGCGUGCAAGCUAUCCACGAUUGCGCGCGAUAUAUCGCGCAGUAUGUUUGCAGAUGGACGACUCAGUAUCGAUGAGUUCGAAGUGCAUCGGCAGAGUCGGGAGGUGCUUUAUGAGCGCUUGAAUCGAUGGCAUGAUCUUUUGCCCGAGGCAUUUGAGGAUAGAUUUAAGCCGCCGCCGCAUGUUAUUUUGUUGAAAAUGCGACAUUAUGCUCUCACCAUCAACUUGUUCAGCUGUAUUUCUGACCAAGAAUCGACCACGGAAGCCCCCAAAACACCCGAAAGCCCUCCUCAACAAACUUCCGAGUCCAAAUACAACGCAUGGGAAGUCACUCAGGUUGCCGCCCACGGCAUCGCGUCACUUACACGACUACUUCGGCGUGAAUACGGCGUCAGUCGCGCGCACCAUUUCGCAAUGUACGCGAUCAACCUCGCGCUGUUCACCAUGCUGGAACAGGAAUCCUUCGACGUCCUCGAUCCGGACUUCCUCUCGCUCGCAAGUGCAUUCUCCGUCGUGGCCAGCCGGUCGGCGCUGGGUCGCAACCUCUUUCACAUCUUCCGACAGUCUGUACGAGCCAAGGCUCAAGGAGACCGGAUCCGCGACUCGGACUCUAUCACCGAUGAUCUCAAGGAUCUAUUCGACGAGGAGUCCUCGAACGAAGGUCAUAAUCGAUUUGACGAGUAUGCGGAUGGUCUUGAAAAGCUCAAUCAGGACAAAAAGUACCACGGCAUUGGGGAAGACGGGCAGAGUCUCCAGGAUUAUCCCGGCCUUGGCCUUUCGGACAUGCUCGAUCGCUACGAAAGUCUGAGUCUUGGCAAAGACAACGUGCUCGCUGAGCGACACCACCCACCUGGCUGCUGA